AUGAAAGCAGCUUCGAUCCUCGCCCUCGCCUCGAUCGCGUCGGCCGCCAAUGUCGCCAUCCGUGCCAAGCGCCACUUUGAAACGGAAUCCGCUUCGGAAGUGGGUCUCCUUGUCAAAUUCGCUCUGGACAUUGCCGCCUUGGAACAAGGGGCGCUCCUCGCCGCUGAACCCCGUGAGUUUGUGGAUGCGUUCUUGAAGGAAGCGUCCAAGAAGAACUUGGCUGCCUUGGCCAACAUCGUGUCCAUUGCCGAUGCCGUGGCGUUGCCCAUCGGAGCCGCCGUGCUCUUCCCGUCGGCCACCAAGGCCACAUUGGACGCAUUGGAGGCGUCGACUGUGGUCGAAUACAUUGACUUGAACGCGGCCGACUUCACCACCCCCGAAGUGUUGAAGGGGUCGGUUGAUGCCGAAAGCACGGCGACCAACGAGUGGGGCGUGGAAGCCAUCGGUGCCCCUGAAAUCUGGAAGUACUCGAACGGAAAGGGCGCCAUUGUGGGCUCCAUUGACUCGGGCGCCCUCCACACGCACGAAGCCAUCAAGCACAACUGGCGGUCGGAAUUGGGCUGGUUUGACCCGUACAACCGGACGACACUCCCUUGGGACACGUCCGGGCACGGCUCGCACACAAUUGGUACGAUGGUCGGUGCCAAAGGCAUUGGCGUAGCCCCCGGUGCCCAGUGGAUUGCGUGCUUGGGUUUGUUCGGUGGCUCUGGAACCACUGAUCGUCUCUUGGAAUGCGCGCAGUACAUGCUGUGCCCUACUAAGCCAGACGGCACGGGCGCCGACUGCAAGAAGGGCCCCCAUGUUGUCAACAACUCGUGGGGCUCGGCCACUUACACCCCUUGGUUGGAAACGGCUGUAGCGGCGUGGAAGGCGGCGGGGAUUAUCCCAGUGUUUUCCAACGGCAACCGCGGUCCUGCGUGUGGCACGGUGGGUAGCCCUGGCGGAUACAAGACGGUCAUUGGUGUUGGAGCCAUCGGGUCGUUCACCAACGAAAAGGACAAAAUCGCCUACUUUUCGUCCAAGGGUCCGCAAACAGGCAACGGCGAAGCAUACUUGAAGCCAGACAUUUCGGCCCCCGGCUUCUACACCCUUUCCGUGGGCAUUGCCAACAACACGGCGUACCGGCAGUUGGCCGGCACGUCCAUGGCAGCUCCCCACGUCGCUGGCGUGGUUGCCAUCAUCAAGAGUGUCGACCCCACGGCGAGCUACGACGCUGUGUACAAGUACUUGACGGCCACCACGGACCAGAAGGAACUCAACACGACCGAGCCCGAAACGUGGUACCUCACCAACAACCGCACCCUGCCGGGUGCCCCCAACUGCGGCGGUGUCAAGGACACUGCGUGGCCUAACAACCGCUUCGGCCACGGCCGUGUCAACAUUGGCACGAUCCUUCGUGACGGCAAGCUCAACGACAACCGCCGCCCCACCUGCUAA